CCGAAGUACGUGUGUAUCAUACAUUCCCUUACGAUCCGAGCAGCCCGUAUCUAUGCUAGCUAGUUGUUUGUCGGAAACAAGGCCGUUCCUCGCCCGUUCCGGAUCACAACAAUGAAACUGUCGGCAUCAUUGGAGUAUUUGAGCUCUGGAUGCAAUCGAAGUCCAGGAAGUGUCUGUUGGUCUAAUGACGCUGUAGCCUACGGCUCGAGCAGCAAUGUGGUUGUCUACUCAUCCAAAUUGAAUAAAGCGAUUCUAAGUCUCUCGGGUCAUCGAGGAAGAGUAAAUUGUGUAAGUUGGCUUAAAGUUGUUUCACGUGGAUCUACACGUUUCCAGAGAUCUGCGGAGGUUUUGGUUUCUGGUUCGGCGGACAAUACGGUUAUCGUUUGGAAAACAAAUGUUGAAGAUGGCAAACUUGUUGCAAAACUGGAAGGUCACACAGGUCCAGUAACAGCUCUUGCUACUCUGUUGGUUAUAAGCACUAAAGCCAGUGACAAAAUGACACUGAUUGCCACAACCUCUACAGACUCAUCGCUUCGCAUCUGGCAGCAAAAGAACUUAGGUAAAUUUGUCCAAGUUCAAACAAUUCCGUUUGGUCGCGGGUUUGCUCUGAGUGUGGAUCUUGCUGUAUUGACAGAGUGUGAUGGUGAAGUUCCAUUCUUGGUGUGUGGCUGUGACGACUCUAUACUUCACUGUUAUGUUUGGCAUGGCAAUGAGUUUAAUGAAGUAUUGGCUCUUAGUGGGCAUGGAGAUUGGAUUAGAGGUGUUGAUAUGACAGUUACAGGUCAGUACCAGCAUCACAGUUGCCACCUUCACAGGAUGCAUUCAGGCAACAUAUAUUCUUUGAGCAAACUACCAAGCUGCUGCGUGGCGAAGGGCACCCAUUGCGCAGCUAGACGUUCCAAGCCCUUAUAAUCAUGGCUGGAUACUAAGACCAACGAUGGCCUGUAUGACUUCGAUCAUUGGAUGGAGAAAUUACCAGCAUCGAGAGCCUUGUUGGAGAUGGUUAGUGCAAUUGCAAAACAGGCUGCACAAGUCAGCGAUGCUCUUGCGGGUCAAUUAAUCUUGUUUGCACUGAUGUUUAUGGCUGCAUGGAGAAUAAUUGUUGUAACUGGCAUCAAAAAGACGGGACUCACGGUACUACGGAUGAACUCCUGCGGUAGCAGCGAAGAA